AUGUGCGACCCUGACUUUAGGAGACGCCGCAACACUGAUGAAAGGGAUGCAUCUUUGUCACCGGUGAUUGAGCAAGCCACGGUGUUGAAGUCCUCAUUAGGCACUGGAGAUGACUUGAUGUGCACUGGAGAGCAGCAGUUUCUCCUACAGACAGCGCGAGCUUGGACAGAGGGUCCACAUGAACGUACGCUUGUCAGGCUUCUCCUGGACGGUGGCAGUCAGCGAACCUUCAUUCAUCGCAAGCUAUCCGAAAAGCUGCAGUUAAAAGUGCUGGAAGAAGAGGAGCUUAAAAUAUUUGCCUUUGGUGAUCAAUCAGCCAUGACACGCACAAAAACGCGUCGAGUGGAGCUGUGGCUCAGAAGCCACUACGACGGAAAAGGGGUGCGAGUGGAAGCGCUGGAAGUCCCUUGCAUCUGUGCAGAUAUCAUGGCUACUCCAUCAAAUUCUGUUCUACUUCAACUUUCAAGAUUUCACUUCCAAGUCGCAGACGCCUCGCGGGGCGGCGAAAGUGAAAAUAUUGACCUUUUGAUAGGCGCUGAUCAUUACUGGGAAAUUGUCACGGGAUCCACUAAGCGUCUCAGCUCCAAAUUGAUGGCAGUGGAGACUGUAUUCGGAUGGACAGUCCAGGGCCAGGUCAGCACAAGGAAGUCAACAGGAGUCUGCUCCUCGGCUGCUGGCGUGAUGCGGAUAGGAGUGAGUGAACAAAUUUACAAGGAAAUAUCAGCACAGCUAAAGUCUUUCUGGGAGCUCGAGCACAUCGGUAUCAAGGAACAUGAGCCAGUUCGUCACGAGGACGCAGUCCUUCAGCACUAUAAAGAAACCGUCAACUUUAAGAAUGGCCGCUAUAAGGUGUCGUUCCCUUGGAAUUCGAUGGUUUACGAGCUUGGCGACAACUACGAGUGCGCAGCAAGGCGUCUUAAAGCACAGACAAAGCGCCUCUUGGAAGGAGAUUCGUUGAUUAGGGCAUACGACGCCUGCAUAAGAGACUACAUAGAAAAGGGCUAUGCAGAGCCAGCCAGCAAGAAUUACGGCACGUCGGAAGGUCCGGUGUACUAUAUGCCACAUCAGGCAGUUGUUCGUCGCGAAAGCCAGACGACAAAACUGAAGGUACUAUUUGAUGCAUCAUCUAGUGCCAAAAAUCGCCUCUCACUGAACAAUGUUUUGGAAAGUGGCCCAAACCUAAACCCAGAGCUCAUUGAUCUGCUGAUCAAUUUCCGCACUUACAACAUUACCAUCGUUGCGGAUAUUGAAAAGGCCUUUCUCCAAAUAUCACUAUCAGAGGGCGAUCGGAACGCUGUGCAGUUUAUCUGGUACGCUAUGACGCCAAAGAAAGGGGAAGAGCUUCCAGCUGUGGUGACCUAUCGCAUGACUCGCGUGCCGUUCGGUGUCACGUCGAGCCCAUUUCUCUUGGCUGCAACGUUGCAACAUCAUCUUGAAGGCCUGCCGGAACGGUAUGCUGAAACUGCAGGUAUUCUGCGCAAGCAUCUUUACGUGGACGACCUUGUAACUGGGGUUGACAGCCUUGACAAGGGUAAAGUCUUGUGCCAGGAAUCCAAAAAUAUAUUGUCUCAAGCAGGGAUGCGGCUACACAAGUGGAUGUCGCACGACCGCGAUCUCGUCAACUUCUUAGAGAAUAGCAAUGUGGAGAGAAGGAACGCUGAUGCUGGACAUGCUGCAGCUACAAAGGUAUUGGGAGUAGGUUGGAAUGCUCAGACUGACCACUUUGAAUACAACCUAACUUCACUCAUCGACUUCCUCUCCGCAAGAGCUGACAACAAGAGAUUUGUGCUGCAGGUCCCGGCAAGAAUUUUCGACCCUUUUGGAUUUAUUGCUCCCACCACAUUGUGCGUAAAGGUAAUGUUCCAGAAGUUGUGGGAGUUGGGAAUUGGUUGGGGCGAUCCCUUGCCUGAAACCUUGAAGCCUGAGUGGGACUGCUGGUGUAGGGAGCUUCCACGCAUCGAAGGAGUGUCUAUUCCAAGACUGAUAGCGGCAGACUUUAGAAACGAUGAAACGGAGAAAGUGGUGCAUGUUUUCUGUGACGCAAGCCCGAAGGCCUAUGGUGCUGUCGCAUAUAUUGUGACCAAGUCUCCGUUCGGACUAACAAAUGUCAGCUUGGUCAUGGCUAAAUCAAGAGUGGCCCCUUUGAAACGCCUCUCGCUACCCCGAUUGGAGCUGAUGGGAGCCCUUAUUGGCGCGCGACUAUGCCACUACGUUGCCAAGGCCUUGGAUCUGAAGAACGUUGCUACCAUCCUCUGGACUGACUCUACAGUAGCUAUGUACUGGAUCAAGGGAAACGCUGCCAGAUGGAAGCCCUUCGUGGCAAAUCGAGUCUCAGAGUUGCAGGCGCUGACAGAUCCCAUGGGAUUGGAGACACUGCCCAGGCUCAGACAACCCCGCUGA